UAAAAUUAUAAAUAUUUUCUAUAAAUAACUUCUUACACUUAACAUUUCACAAGUAGAAAAAUGAAUGAGAAACGUAGUUACAAAAAUAACUACCGUCUAUUUCGAUUUAACACGAUACAUUUAAUAAUCUUAAAAUAAAACCCACUUUGACACGGUGCCACGAGUUGAUAUUUUUCCUUUAAACCUUUAAAUAAACCGAUGUCGAUUUCCAUUUCAGUCAAAAAAUGUCCUUCCCUUCAAGAGAGGAACGCGCGAAAUGUUGGGGCGCCCGCGACCAAUAUUGGGAGUGUCUCGACAAAAAUCAAAUAGGGGAUUCAGCCAAAGACGGUCCUUGCGCGCAAUUCAGAAAAAUGUAUGAACAAUCAUGUUCUGGACAAUGGGUUAAACAUUUCGACAGGAAGCGAAAUUAUUUAAAAUAUAAAGAGAAAAUUGAAAAAGAUGGGAUUCCGAAUCGAACAAUUAAACCCAAUGCGGGAUAUGAAAAAAGAAGGGUUUAUACGGAGAUAGUUUAUUGUUAAACUUAAAAAUCUAAAUAAAUGUCUAUUUUUUA